UUCAGAUUGAAGUAACAGGAGGUGUGAAUAAGUAGCUGGACAGUUUGGAUUACAUAGCUCAAAAAAGAUUUUGAAUUAAUUAAGGUUCUUGUUUGAUAGAUAAUGUUCAUCACUAAAGUCUUCAUCCUAAUCAUCAUCGCAUCCAUCACCAACAUCAACAACACAUCAGCCCUCAAACUCGAAUGCACUUAUCGCGAGCCAGAUCUACACUGGGAAGCAUUUUCCCGUGACUACACGUGUGAAGGAACAAUCAGACUUGAUGGCGAUGAUGAAAAUAUUAGAACAGUCACGAAUACGCAUCGAGAACAAAUGAGAAAUGCAGACGUUCGCGGUCUUAUGAUUGUUCAACAGCGUGACUUGCAGAAAUUUCCAAAAGGACUUGAGCGACACUUCCAUCAUUUAAUAGGAAUUGACUUUGAAGAUUGUGGAUUGACAAAAAUAUCAAGUGAUGAUUUGAUGCCAUUUAAGGAACUCUUGCAGAUCAACUUGAGUGGGAAUCGAUUAACGGAACUUCCAAAUGAUUUAUUUCAGUUUAAUCCAAAAUUAAAGAAAAUUGACUUGAGUGGGAACUUGAUCAUGCAUGUUGGACUUGAAAUCUUUAAUAACUUACAGCACUUGACUAUGAUUAACAUGCAUGACAAUGCCUGCACAUCGGAUAACGCAUACGCAACUAAAAAAGAGGAAUUGAAGGAACUUGUUUGGGAAUUGUCAGUCGAAUGUCCACCAACACUUGAUAUGCUGUCAAGCUCAUUGUUUGGAUCAAAAGAAUUCAUUGACAAUAUUAAGAGAAUUUCAGGCGAGGAUUCUGAUGAUGUUAGGAAUGAGCUGUUGAAUGAGAUUCAGGGGUUGGAGAAGAUCGUGCAGGAACUUAAGAGAAGAUUGUAGAUGAGAGUAAUGAGCUUCAAUCUAGGGUUGGUUUCUAGGUCUACCCAAGGCAACCCAUGGGAAGACGCAGUGUGCCUUAAUGAGCCCUAAAACCUACCCCUAGCAUCCAAUAAGACAGAAAUUGGGAUUAUUUGUGAUAAAAUUGACAUUGUAACUUUAUUGUAGUAAAUAAUUAAUAAAUAUAUAUGCAU